UCAGUUUCGAUAGUCAGUCCGUGUGACGGUCUCGUAGCCAACGGUCGGUCAGUUGCUCUGUCGCAACGUUGGAGGUUCGAAAUUUUUUAACGCUCUAUCCAUAUGCGAUUGGAUAAAUAUAUGUACAAAUCUAUGUAUAUGUUGUUAUAAAAAUGUCGGACAAGUCAGUGCGUGUGUCUGGUAUUCUAGAACAAGUAAUUGAAUAAUUAUUAAUACUAAGUUACAAAUAUCGGAACAUAUAUAUAUAUGUAUAUGUAUAUAUCAUAAGCAUCAUAUGCGAAACACGAAAAAGUGCAAUUGAAUCUGUUCCUCAAAGAGAAUAAAAGGCUUACAACAAUUCACAAACGAACAACUAUUUAAAGUUCUACACGAAUUCUACAAUCCUUUGGAUAUUCAACCAACGAGUGUUUCGAUAACGACAAGAUGACGUGCGGCAUUUCGUGUGUCGAUAGGACACUAAACAAAUCAUUUUAUCACCUGGGCAUUUGCAUAGCCAAACAUCCGGGCUAUUUUGUCAUCAUACCCGUGAUGAUAACGUUGCUCUGUAUGACCGGCUAUCAGCAGUUAAAGUACCAAAUCGAUCCCGAAUAUCUAUUUUCGCCCAUUAAUGGCGAGGGUAAGGCCGAGCGUGCGCUUGUUGAGCAAUACUUCAAAGUGAAUUAUACGCAUCGCUUCAAUGUAGGACGCAUUACCAGGCCGGGUCGUUUUGGCCGCGUUAUAGUUAUACCAAAAGAUGGCGACGAUAAUAUGUUGCGAAGAGAGGUUUUUAUGGAGCUACGACAGCUUGACAAUCUCAUACAGAAUGCGUCAACGACAUAUGAUGGCGACACAUUUACCUACAAGGAUAUUUGUGCUCGCUGGGAAAACGAGUGUUUCGAGAAUGAUAUCUUAAACCUGGAUGCUCUGAUGGAUGAUAUCGAGUCGGGUCAAUUGAAUUUAACAUUUCCCAUCAUGUUUAAUCCUGUGACAUGGGAUGCUCACGCCUUUCCAGUAUUCUUUGGUGGCACUAAAUUAACCGAGGAUAAUUAUAUAAUAAGUGUGCCAGCUAUUCAAUUAGUUUACUUUGUCACUGCUGAUACAAAACGUCAGGAUUCAAAGGGCGGUGAAUGGGAAGAAACAUUUUUGAGAGUCGUGGGCAAGGCUGAAAAAUCAGGCAUGUUCAAGCAUAUUUCGGUUUCCUAUUUCGCUUCGCGCACUCUGGAUCAUGAAUUGGAAAAGAAUACCAAGACGGUAGUGCCUUACUUUAGCUCUACAUUUCUGCUCAUGGGUUUGUUUAGCAUUAUUACUUGCAUGAUGGGUGAUGCGGUACGGUCGAAACCUUUUCUCGGUCUGAUGGGAAAUAUCUCAGCCAUAAUGGCCACCUUGGCUGCUUUUGGCUUGGCCAUGUACUGCGGCAUCGAGUUCAUUGGAAUUAAUUUAGCAGCACCUUUUCUAAUGAUUGGUAUUGGCAUCGAUGAUACGUUUGUCAUGUUGGCUGGCUGGCGACGUACUCCGGCCAAGAUGCCCGUCCAUGAGCGUAUGGCGCAUAUGAUGUCCGAGGCAGCCGUUUCGAUAACGAUUACAUCAGUCACCGACUUUAUUUCUUUCCUGAUUGGCAUCAUUAGCCCUUUUCGCUCGGUUAAGAUCUUUUGCACCUACUCAGUGUUUGCUGUCUGCUUCACAUUCAUAUGGCACAUCACUUUCUUUGCCGCCUGCAUGGCGAUAUCUGGGUACAGGGAACGUAGGAAUCUUCAUGCUAUCUUUGGUUGUAAAGUGAAGCCCAUGUCGGUGGCUAUAAAAGAGAAACGCAACUUCCUCUACAAGGCAAUCAUGGCUGGCGGUAUCGAUCCCAAUGAUCCAGAUAAUCCCGUCGACAACAAGGACCACAUGUUCAUGGCCUUUUUCAAGGACAAACUGGCUGCGAUCAUCAACAACAAAUGGUGCAAGAUAAUUAUUAUUAUCGCCUUCGCUAGCUAUCUGGCUGGAGCUUGUUAUGGAGUCACACAAAUCAAAGAGGGACUGGAGAGACGUAAAUUGUCACGGGAGGAUUCCUAUUCUGUGGAGUUUUUCGAUCGUGAAGAUGAUUACUAUCGGGAGUUUCCUUACAGAAUGCAGGUUAUCAUUGCAGGUCCUCUGAAUUACUCAGAUCCCGAAAUACAAGAACAAAUAGAGAAUUUGACAAGCACUUUAGAGCACACCUCAUAUGUAACCUCUUCAUUAUAUACUGAAUCAUGGCUGCGCUCGUUUCUCUCGUUCAUGGAACGCAAUAGUGAUUAUCUAAAUGAAACUAUCGAUGACGAACAAUCGUUUAUUGAUGCAGUCAAGGACCACUGGUUGUUCCCUGGCAAUCCAUUCUCACUGGAUGUGCGUCUAAACCAGGAUGAGACACAGAUCAUUGCCUCGAGAUUCCUUAUACAAGCUGUCAAUAUUACGGAUACGAAUCAUGAAAAGGAAAUGGUGCGAGAUUUGCGGAAAAUAUGUAAGGACUCACCGUUGAAUGCGUCCAUCUUUCAUCCAUACUUUGUGUUCUUCGAUCAAUUCGAGCUGGUUCGCCCCGUUUCACUGCAGGCCAUGGUCAUUGGUGCGAUCAUUAUGAUGAUCAUCUCAUUCAUCUUCAUUCCCAACAUCCUCUGCUCGUUAUGGGUAGCCUUUUCCGUCAUAUCUAUUGAGCUGGGCGUCGCUGGCUAUAUGGCCUUGUGGGAUGUCAAUCUGGAUUCGAUAUCUAUGAUUAAUCUAAUCAUGUGCAUUGGCUUCUCUGUGGACUUCACCGCCCAUAUCUGCUACACCUACAUGUCGUCGAAGAAACGCAGUCCCAAGGCGCGCGUACGUGAAGCACUUCAUUCGCUUGGACUACCCAUAGUGCAGGGCUCGAGUUCGACGAUCUUGGGCAUUAUAGCUCUAUUACUAGCGCAGAGCUAUAUCUUUCUGGUAUUUUUCAAAAUGGUUUUCCUCGUCAUCUUCUUUGGCGCUAUGCAUGGACUGUUCUUGCUGCCUGUGUUGCUAUCGCUUUUCGGACCUGGCUCUUGGCUGACUUGGACGGGUCGUGACGAUGGCUCCGAAGAGGAGGUGGAUGACAGUGUGGAUGAUAUGAAGCUUUCAAAUGUGAUGGAGAAACCCUUUGCGCAGUCCUACUACAUGCAGUAUCCCAGCAUGGGGCUGAACGGACCUUAUGCCUAUGGGUCAAAGGGUUUUCUGGGUGCGCCUUAUAAAGCCUACGGCGGGGAUGAGAAGGACCAGGGCCUGGGCACAUCCGGCGAAGACUCCUCGGAAAGCAGUUCCAGUCGCUCACAGCGACGCCAGCAGCUGGCAAAUAAUGCCGCUGCCGCUGAGAAAGGCUGGCGGCAGUCAAGCUAUCAGAAUAUUUAUGGCAGUGGCGCUGCCCAGUUCCAGCCACAGCCCGAUCUCUAUGGCCAGCAGGUGUCGGCGGCCGAGUGGCGACAGCGGCUCGAUGCCCAUGAGCAGCAGCAUCAGCGGAACAAACAGCGACGCAAUCCCUAUGAGAACUACGACCAGGACAUGCAACGACCAAUUCGUCGCAAUUCACAUGGUGACGUCAUCGAUCUCCGCACGCCCACGCCCAACUCGUCGCUGGACGAACGAAUGAGGCGUCAGUACCAGCAGGCACUUAGCGCUGGCAGCGGCGACGACAGCAGCUAUCGGCAACAGUCCGAGCAGAGUCCAGCUCCACUGGCCAACAGUUCGGCGAAACGGUAUCAUCGCCGUCGCUCGUCGGAGGACUCGACGCGCUUCCAUCAACGCUGGCCGGCUAACAUCGUGGAGCGUCGUGCUAGACGCGCCCAUUCGCCUACUCAGCGACAUUCGCAAUCGCAUUCGUAUACAGAAACAGCCGCAGUUGCCGCCAACUUCGCCCAACGCUCCUCCUCGCAUCACAAUCUCUACCAGCAAAGCAGCAAGGUCACGCAUCAACCGCCCACAUAUCAAUAUGGGGAUUACUAACAUUUCUUCAUCUCAAGCAGGAUGUCGAGCGCUUGAAAUUGCUAUUAGCGGACAUACAAUGAACAAACGUAGUUAAGCAUAGUUUAAAAAAUUUGCUUAGGCGACUCUUAUAAAUAAUUUAUAUAUUUACAGAUAAAUGCAUCAUGUUGACUUUCAAUUAGUUUUCAGGUAGUAGCUGUGCUUAUGCUAUAUUUCUCGCUUUCAGAGACUAUCUUAAGCAGUUUAUGUUUUUAAAUAUUUUCAGAAGUCUCUUGGAAAUUUUUCUGAAUAAUAAUUGAGGUUUCAUAUAAAUAUUAUUGAGUUGCUUUGAACACAUACAAAAUCUUGAUAGUCUUUGAGCAUUUCUUAAUAUUUCUUGAUCAUUUGAAUUUGAAUUUUUGAAUUUCCUUCAAAUAAUUUUUAAGACUUUCUCAAGACUUUACGGACAUUGCAAAUUACAAAAGAGUAGCAGGCUUAAAGAAUACCUUGAAGAUUUUAAAGAUUUUAUGUUUGUAAUAUUCUGUAAAUAUUUCUGGAAUAUUGUUAAGUAAAUUGUUUAAUUCUGGCCUCUAAACUGCUUAGAGAAUUGAUCAUAUUCGAAAAUUAUCCUUGUUAACAAUUAAAAAGUACAAAUCAUUGUGAUGUGCCUGAAAGAGAAGUAGAAUUUGUAGUCAACUUACGUUUUCAAAUAGAUCUUUUGCCUGAACUCAACGAGCUGCGCAUAGCAUAAGCAUAGUUAUUACAUGUAUUGCCUUAAUCUAUAGCUUGCCCCGAUAAUAAUUAAUAACAUUUUUCAAAUUAGAAAUCCAAUUUUGGGAAUAAUUCAUUUUUCUCUCUGCUUAUAUUUUCUUCCAUUCUUAGCUUGUUCCUCAUUUUAAUUUAUUGUAUAUAAUUUUGACAAAAAUUUAAAAUUAUUUUUAUUGACGCAGUUCGGUCAUGAUUUUGUUGGAAUAUUGUUUGGAAUAUUUAUGUUAGUCCGAUUCUCGACUAGCCUUUUAAGGUAUGCAACAUGUGCAUUUCAUAGAACGAAAGUAAUGCAAGUCAUAUAUCGUAAGUCGUCACAUUAUAUAAAUGCUUAACAUUAAGUUUUUAUUUCAGUCUGACUUCGGGUUUUCAUAAUCGAAAUCUACUUUUAACUAAUUUAUAGUUAAGUGAAGAGAUUGGAAGCAUUUUUGUAUAGAGCGUGUAUCUAAAAUAAUAUUAGCUAUAAACAAAGUGAAUAAUUAUAUAUUUAUAUCCUUAGUCUAAGCAUUAAAUUCCAGACUACACAAAAAACUGAAAUGAGCAUUUCUUAAGUUUUAGUAUGGGACACAACUUUAUAAAGUCUUAACAUUUUUUGAUAUUGAAUAAAAAUUUUGUAUUUUCCUAGAAACCAA